AAUUUUCUGAUUCAAAAUAAAUUCAAAAUAAAGAAAUGACUUGUAUGAACUUUGCUUUUGGAAAUUCUGAUGAGAUCCCAUUACUUACCUUCAAAAAGUCUGUAAAGGAUUCACAAACAGAAAGGUUUGAAUCUGAACAAAAACAGAAAUACGGAGCAGGUGUUUUGGUGGGCAAUUGGUUUGAUAGAAGAGCAGAAUACACACCUUCUUUCAACGAAUGGCAGACCACGUAUAAAUCUCUUUAUCAAUCCUACGAUCCCAAGUUCCUUAAUAAUGACAGAACUGCUCUGUGGGACCGAAAAAUUGAGGAUGAGGGCUUAGGUUAUAGGUUUAUAAUAGGACAUCACGACCAGUAUUUAAAAAAUAUGACCACUUCUAGCGAUAUAUUCCACAGAAUUAUUCCACAAAAGGUUCCUUGUUCAAGAACCUUUAAAGUCAAAAGGAAUGAGUGGCUUCCGCAGCAAGACCUGUUGCAAUGCUUUGGCAAUGCCACUGAGUAUGGCUUAGUUAAAAAAAAAGAAUAUAAAAUGAUGGAGUUUGAAAAUCAAUUUCGCCCUUGGGACACAGUAUAUAACUGCUCCUAUAAAAAACCACAAGGUUUUGCUAACUUGUUAGAAAAAAGAUACGUGAAACCACAAUCCGAUUUUAACAAAGUAAAUUUAGACCACUUAGGAAUUGAUUUAAACAACCGCUGCAAAAUUACCUUUAAAAAAACAGAGUGCAAUUGAAGAGUUGGGUAAACAGAAAACAUAUAAAUGUAGGUAUGCUAUUACAUUUAUUAUCACGAAGUCUCUUUUUCAUGCCGAUACAAUUUAAUUUUGUAUUAAAUGCAUGGUGCUAAAUAUGAACAAUAAAUAAAUUUCAAUUGCAUCUAAAAUGAAAUUAAAUGUUUCAAUUCGUUAGAAAAUAAUCAAGUUUUCCUCCUCUGAUAGGUAAAGUGUAAACAUCCUGCUAAUAUUGUAACCAAUUCUAAUACUAUUUACAAAAAUA